AUGACUAUUACACAAGACAAAUCAACAUCCCCAAAACGAACAAAACAAUCCUCGAUACCAUCAUCAGAACCACCAUCAUCAAAACCGUCAACCGCACCUACACCCUCAAAUGUUCCGAAGUCGUCACCACCCACUACAAAGAAAAAGCAAUUUCCCAAUGAUUUAUCAAAUUGUGAGAAAUUCUUUGAUGUGAAUCGAUGCGACAAUUGUCAGAAAACCACAUUCGAUGCUGUCACUACAAGAGAUUCAAGCACAGCCGGAUGCUUUGAUUUAUAUUUCUUGGAUUUUCAAGAAAACAAUCAAUCCCUACAAGAUGUUAUUGGUGAAAGUUGUAAUAAAAAUUGUGAUUUCGGAACUGUUGACAUGUAUCGUACCAGUAUACAGAAUGCUUGCGUCGCGAAUCUAAGAAAUGACAUGAAUUUAUUACUUAAUCCAUCAUCUGUAUACGAAAAUUACACAUCAAAUAGUAUAAUUUCGACAGUAUUUCGAAUUUUCUAUUUUGCCGAGCCAACAGCACAAAGUUUCUGUAUGCAUAAUGCAAAGGCUCCAUUUUCGUAUUGUCCAGUGGACGCGGUUUCAAGUUACAACACUCAUGCAAAGGGAUCCGAAGUAAAUGCUAUGCUUAAUCUUAGCCCCCCAAAUCUAAAAGCAUACACAACAUCAGGCAAUGUAACUCGGCUCUCAAAUAAAAAUAUCAUUUGUAAUGACUGCUACAAAAACAUGACAGCCGUUUGGCACAACUACUUUAAUAAUACGCCGCCAAUUAUUAACGGAUUGAAUACGUCAAUUGCAAACGAGGUAACUUCAAUGCGAGCUAAUUUGAUAAAGAAUUGCAAUUAUAAUGAUAAAGUUGGUAGUGCAGAUUCAAGUUAUCGCGUUGGACAUUUUAAAAGUUUUGUUCUAGUUUGUCUGGUGUUUUUGGGCUUUACUAGUUUCUAUUAA